UCACAGGUGCCGUGCCUCAUUUUAAUGUGGGCAGACAUGUUUCGGAAGGCAAUUUUCUGCAGUUAUUUCAAAGGAGACUGGGAUGUUUCCAGAAUACGGAUUGCCCAAAUGCAUGUAGUAAUCCAGAAGUGCCCCUUUCUCACAGUUGGAUCAAAUGCUUCACAUGUCACUAGGAGAUCUUCAACAAAAUCUUCUGCAAAUAAGUGUCCACUGACGAUGAAGCGAUCAUGCAAGCCUCAGGCCAAAGCUCUGUGUUCGUUGUCAGCAUUUGCUAAAAAAACAAAUGAUGAGAGUGGCGUUGUAGCAGAUGAACAAAAUGUUACUUCAAAAUGUCCUUUCCUGGCAGUCAGGAAAGAGCUACAAGAAGAUGUGCAUGGGACAGAUAUGACCUUUGACUAUGGCAAGUUUUUCACAAAGAUGAUUCAGAACAAGAAGAAUGACCACACAUACAGGAUUUUUAAGACCAUCAACCGAAGCGCUGUGUGUUUUCCAAUGGCGGACAACUGCUCCUCAGAUUUCAGGAGAGAUGUGUCUGUGUGGUGCAGUAAUGAUUAUUUAGGCAUGAGUCACCACCCAGAGGUUAUACAGGCUAUCAUGGAGACCUUAAGAAAGCAUGGUGCGGGUUCUGGAGGAACAAGAAAUAUUUCAGGAACCAGCGAAUUUCAUGUGGAACUUGAGAGCGAGUUGGCAGAUCUGCACAACAAAGAGGCGGCACUGCUAUUUACGUCCUGCUUUGUGGCAAAUGAUUCCACUUUAUUUACAUUAGCAAAGAUGCUUCCAGGUUGUGAAAUCUACUCUGAUGCUGGGAACCAUGCCUCGAUGAUCCAGGGCAUAAGAAAUAGUGGUGUCAAGAAGUUUGUUUUUCGUCACAAUGACGUCGGCCACCUGCAAGAGCUUAUGGAGAGAUCUGACCCCAACACUCCAAAAAUCGUGGCCUUUGAGACAGUUCAUUCAAUGGAUGGAGCUGUGUGCCCUCUAGAGGAGAUGUGUGAUACUGCUCAUCGCCAUGGUGCCUUGACCUUUGUGGAUGAGGUGCAUGCUGUGGGUUUGUAUGGACCCAGAGGAGGAGGCAUUGGAGAGAGAGACAGAGUCAUGAACAAAAUGGACAUCAUCUCUGGGACACUUGGCAAAGCUUUUGGCUGUGUGGGCGGCUACAUUGCUAGCACUGCAGCUCUGGUUGACACGGUGCGGUCGUACGCUGCAGGUUUCAUCUUUACCACUUCACUGCCGCCGAUGUUACUGGCCGGAGCAAAGGAGUCUGUGAAAAUCCUGAAGACAGAGGAAGGCCAAGUGCUGAGGCGCAGACAUCAGAGGAGUGUCACACUGCUGCGCCAGUUGUUGAUGGAUUCUGGUCUUCCUGUGGUUCACUGCCCAAGCCACAUUAUCCCAGUCAGAGUGGCAGACGCAAAGAAGAACAUGGAAAUCUGUGAUACCAUGAUGUGUCUGUACAAUAUUUAUGUUCAAGCUAUCAACCACCCAACUGUAGCUAAAGGAGAGGAGCUGCUACGCAUCGCCCCCACACCACAUCACACUCCACAAAUGAUGUUCUACUUUGUCGAUUGUUUGGUGAAGACUUGGAAAGCAGUGGGCCUGUCCUUUGUGCCUCACUCGUCAGCUGAGUGCUCUUUCUGCCAGCAGCCUCUUCAUUUUGACCUCAUGAGUGAACGCGAAAAGUUUUACUUCACAGGCCUCAGCACAAGGUUACCUGCAGUAGCAUGA